UAGUUUAUGGUUUCCUGUAAUCUUUCUUUUCUAGCAGCAAAACACCACAUUUUUCUCCAAAUACCUGCUUUUUUCUAACCGAAGAUUGAAAGGAGUGGGAAAGAGAGAGGUCGUGUAGGGGUGCAAACUAUAACUGCCAAGAAACACGAUGUGCAAAUGUCCUGUUAUCGUGAUAAGCCUCACGAGACAUUUUAAAUAGAAGAAGGAAGUGAUUUCCAGUCCUGUCCACAGUGUGUCACCACCACUUGAAGUCAGAGGUCGCACGAAUGACAGUUUUGUUGUUCGUGUGGCAGGUGGAUAUGAUUUCAGCAUAGCUGUUCACAUUGCGUUGUUAGUUGUGUUGUCAACAUUUGUAGUUCUUAACAGUGAGACAAGUGAUGGCUGUGUGGAGUCUGUGGAUACUGUGUGGUGUCGCACUACUCGCUGUAAAGGUUGACUCAGCUAUAUACAUUCGUGUUUGUUCUGACGAAAAAAGAACUGUCAUAGAGGACACCAACGUGACUUUCAUUUGUGGCCAAUAUCAAAAUCAGGUAGAAUGGUCUUGGUCUUACCCUAACAACUGGCAAUGGUAUGGAUUUGGUUCCUGCAAUCGCACGGGGUGUAGGCUCUACAACGGAGUUACAUUACCAGUAAAAUUAUCCAAAUUGACUUCAUCCUCUUCAUGGAUUUACGAGAGUCAACUUGACAUCAACGUUGUUACAAGAUACCAAGCAUAUGCUUACCAUUGCCGCGAUACCGACUCAGGGAGAACAGCAACGUGUGGACUACGGUUAAUCGCACCCGCUAUCAUCAGUGGUGACAGUUGCAGUGUGCGGGUCUCAAAGUGGCAGAUAUACGGGACAUGCGCAGUUGAAAGGAUGUACGCGUCAGAUGAUGUUUAUACUUGCAUUUGGCGGAAAAACAAUAAUCAGAUCCAAGAAGGAUUUCAAGAACCCAUAACUUAUUAUACUUUUGGCUCUAGAUCUUACAGAAGAGGAGUUUGCUCCUUUAGUCAAAAUAUGCCUGUUUCCCAGGGCAACUACAACUACAGCAUGGAUAUAGAUCCUGGUUCCCAGAAUUUCUUCUAUAAAACCAUAAACAUAGUUCCUCCUGAUGAACCUAGCCAUGACUGUCCAGAAACUGUUUUUGAGGGUUCUGACAUCACUUGCAAAUGUACCUCUUCAAAUUUAGGAACUCCACCUGCUGAAUUUGCUUGGGAUGGAAUUGGUACUGAUACAUUAUUUCUCCAAGAUAUUCAGCCCAAAAAUACUACCAUAAACUAUUCAUGUCGGCUGAUAUGGGGUCCUGACGGAUAUAUCAACAGUUCAAUUGUUUACACUUUGCGAAUAGCAGAAAACGAAAGAGAAAAGAACACUAAAGGAGGCAUCAUUGGUGGCUGUGUGGCAGCUGUUUUCAUUCUAGCUAUCAUCGGAAUUGUCAUCGCUGUUUACAUCGUUAAAAGGCGGAAAGGAAAGUUUGGAAGAGGAAACAUUAACCUGAGAUUUUGGCAAUGUCUUUGCAAGUUCUUUCAUCAGAAAAAGCCACCAACUAAGCCACCAACUACGCCCUAUGCAGUGGUCAACAAGCCCAAGCCACAGAUUCCCAUCAGGCGUCAGGCGGCUUCUUCCGGCGACCUCUACACUGUCGCUAUGACAACGACAUCUAGUGACCUCAAUGGCGAAUAUGUAACAAUCUGUGAAACUAACGAGGAUGCAAUUUAUGAAAUAAACAGGGAAGGCAAUAACCUGGCGAGCCAAGGCGUGCAGGAAACGACAGAAUGGAGGACUGCAGUCGCGCCGGCAAUGAAAUCCAAACCAAUGACACCAGGAACAAGAAAUAUCAGUGACAUACCAGGCUAUAUGAAUGUCACUGAAGUACCGACUGAUUCUGGUUUGGGUGUCUACCACGUGGUUGCCAGUGCUGUAACGCCUACAGGAUUAAAGCCAGAAAUAUUGAACAAUCAUGAAGCAGGGAUUUCAGAAGAGGAAUACCAUGCCCUACACUUUGAAGAGGAUCGGACUGCACAGGAGGACCAAGCUUCUACCUACCACCAUCUGCAACAUGAAUAAAGUAUAAAAACUAUAUUUAACACUACAGUGCAAACAUUUACUUUAAUAACAAAUAUUCUGCACGAGUGUAAAGUGCAUUUCUAUGAACUGAUUUAAGCAAUAGAUUGAUCACAUUUGAUUUACCCAAAACCACCUUAUGUAGUAACCGAGCGAAAAAAAAAAGUGAACAACGCUCUAGGCUAAUUUAAAGGAUGCUUUUCUUAAAGUUUGCUGCUUCUGACAAUUAUCAAAAGUUAAGUUUCUAUGUUAUGUAUAAACUUAAAUAUAUAUAUAACUACUCUUUCACACUCUAAGGUAAUUUUAUCUAGUGUGUGGAAUUUUUUUUUUUAAGUUUAACAUAUGCAUGUCAAUAUUAUAAUAUCAAAUGUUGUCCUUCAUUUGAAUAUUGUUACUUCUUGCCUUAUAUGGAGUAGUGAAACGCCUAUGAAAUUUUUAAAUCAUAAUAUAAGAUUGUGACAAAAGAUUUUCAUCUAUAUUGAAUGUUUUAACUGUUUGAGUAUUUUUGUUGAGCUAACUGUCAGUUUCUCUUGUAUGUAUCUUACCUGGAAAUUCAUAAAAUACUGAUUGUGAUGUUGGUUUUAAGUAAAAAGCAAAUAAAAUAAUGAAAUCUC